GCCGAGGCACCGGGCGCCGGCGCGGGCAUGGAGCGCUCGCAGAGCCGCCUCAGCCUGUCCGCCUCCUUCGAGGCGCUCGCCAUCUACUUCCCGUGCAUGAACUCCUUCGAUGAUGAGGACGCAGGAGACAAUCGGAGGCUGAAGGGGGCCAUCCAGAGGAGCACAGAGACAGGCCUGGCCGUGGAGAUGCCCAGCCGAACGCUGCGCCAGGCCAGCCACGAGUCCAUCGAGGAUAGCAUGAACAGCUACGGCUCAGAGGGCAACCUUAACUAUGGAGGAGUCUGCCUGGCAUCAGAUGCUCAGUUCAGUGACUUCCUGGGCAGCAUGGGACCAGCACAGUUUGUGGGCCGCCAGACCUUGGCCACCACCCCCAUGGGGGAUGUGGAGAUCGGCUUGCAGGAGCGCAAUGGUCAGCUAGAAGUUGACAUCAUCCAGGCUCGGGGACUGACGGCCAAGCCAGGAUCCAAGACACUGCCAGCGGCCUACAUCAAGGCGUACCUAUUGGAGAAUGGCGUCUGCAUUGCCAAGAAGAAGACCAAAGUCGCUCGCAAGUCGCUGGACCCGCUGUACAACCAGGUGCUGCUGUUUCCUGAGAGUCCCCAGGGCAAAGUCUUGCAGGUGAUCGUGUGGGGAAACUACGGGCGGAUGGAGCGGAAGCAGUUCAUGGGUGUGGCCCGCGUGCUGCUGGAGGAGCUGGACUUGACCACCCUGGCCGUGGGCUGGUACAAGCUCUUCCCCACCUCUUCCAUGGUGGACCCAGCCACAGGUCCCCUGCUCCGGCAGGCAUCCCAGUUGUCCCUGGAGAGCACCGUAGGGCCCUGUGGUGAGCGAUCUUAGUGCCAGGGAUGGGGGAAGGGCUCCCCAAGAUGGCCUGGAGACUGCCCAGCCCUGACCUGGGACCCCAGUCCCAGAGGCACAUUGGACAGAGGAGGAUGGGGUUCUCCCCCACUGUGGGGAAGUGGAAUGGGGAGACCUGCCCCCCCUGGAGCCCCUCCUCACCCCUCUUUGCCUCAUACCCCUGACACCUUCCCUUUCCCUAUGGGUUGGCUGCACUUUUGACUU